AUGUCUUCCAGGAUUUGGGGUUUGGCUUUGGUCUGUUUGGCCCAGGCUGCUGCGAACGCCACGGACAUGAUGGUUCGAGGGCCUAGCGGAGCGAGCAUGACAGCGGCCGAGUUUCAGAAGGCAAAGCAAGCUCACCGGUCAGAUCCUGCGAACAAUCCGGACCCUGCUGCCACACUGGGCUUGCGCAAGAACAUGGGCUAUGAUGUGAAGAACGGCCGAGUCGGUCCUUGGCGGGCGCAUGAUGAUAGCGUUCGUCGUGGCUCUCCUGUGAACGCAGACCUUGACCGAGUGAUCGGGCACUUCCCGAAUGGCAGCGUGGUGACCCUUCGAGAGUUGGUAGCGGCCCAGGAGUUCCACAAAAGGAAUCCUAAAGCUCCAAAGCCGGAAGCAUUGCAAUUGGCCGGAACAUCGUACACAUCAUCUGUGUCCCGUAAAUCGGACGAGAAUGGAGUCCGAAUGAAGCAAGUGCGGUUUGAGGCGAAGGGUCCUGGCUCAACAGCCUUUUGCGUACCAGUCUCGCGCCAGGGUGUUGUCAAGCAUUGGAGUGUCAAAGCUGAUUGCGCAAAGCCAUCAGACUCACCCGAGCAAGCUGCAAGCUCUGUCAACUUGUUGGGAUUGAGCCUUGGAAUGACGAUGGUACUGGGGGCUACGCUGAGGGCUAAGCAGGCCCAGCAGAAAUCCAGGCUUUUGAGACGUUCUGCUGCAAAUGCUGUCGUUGAGGCAGACCGAGGCCAGUGUCUGAACAUGACCCUGGAGCCUGUGGACUCUGUCUACGAGCAGCUCCCCACCUUCGAGGAUGCCACGGGGAGUUUCUAUGGCUUGCCAAGUGACAAACAGCAUGCCAUUUUACGAGCUGGAGCAAGUUGUGGGUGUAGAUAUCAAGCACCGACACUUCAGCAUGGGCUCCGGGCAGGUGCUUUUGGAGACCCAAGGAUGUGCCGGCGAAGGAGUCUGUGA